CCGAAUAGUUUAAAAGAAAAAUAAUUAAAAUUUUAAUUGUGUGAAUCCAUGGUGGGAAAUAGAAACAUAAUCCAAGAAGAAAGGAAGGGAUAGAUGGCCUUAAUGUGAAAUCAGGUCCUUGCCCAUAAAGCAAAAGAUAAGAGGAAAAAAGAUACUAAAACAUUUGUAUUUCUGCUAGUGGACUUCAGUUCAGCCUUACCUUGCCUCAUGUUUAAAUGUCUCCGUUUAAAGGAAUAAUACAGGAAAAAAGGAACAAAAGAGGAGGCAGGAGGGCUAUUAAACUAGUUAUUCUGAUCAGGUGAAUGCAAAUAAGUCUCUUUUGUUUGCUUGUGUCCAGUAUGUGUUGCGCUUUGCGGGUGAUUUUUUUUUUUUUUUUGGGGGGGGACGAGCUAGCUAAUUUGGCUGCUGACUUCAAUGGGUAUGUGUGUGCGCGCGUGUGUUUUCAGGCUGGGUGGGUGCAGUCCAAAUGUUUGUAUGUAUGCGUGAGUGUGGCUGCAGCUCGGGAUUUAUGCCUUCCUUUGGGGCAGAGGGGGCAAGAAAUAAGAGGUGGACAGUAGCAUGGGCUCUGAGGCAAACACCGAAUCUUAGGUGUGCGAAGACUCGGAAACAAAGACCUGCCUUCUUUCUUCAUCCGAGAGGACACACUAGCAUCAUGCACAGGCUCUGUUUGGGUAUUUUUUUGCCCCCUUUGGAAGCGAUCGUUUCUUUCUAAGCUAGGCACGGGACGGAGCCGCUGCUACAGUCGUGAGGGUGGCUGGAGUCUGAAUGAAAGCUGAAUGUCAAUGAAGCUGGGGCUUCGCGGGGAGGGGACCGGGGCCAGCCCAUGAAGGCAGACUGAUGAUGGGAGAGUCCGAGGACAGCACGUUCUUUUCUUUCUCCCCCACUUCGCGGCUCUGCUAAGGAAGCCUUGAAAGACCACCGACUAUUCUCUCGGGGCACCCACGGAAGGCACGUCUCCUUCCUCGAGGGGAGUGGGGCAUCGUUCUUCCUCCUCCUAUUGCAGAGAGCGGCGGCCCCCGGCCCCCCGAGGCGCCGGUGGGAUCCGGAAUUGGCAUCUGCUUGGAUUUGGUGCAACUCGGGCUGGCGGAGUCCCGUCGGGGGAUCGCCCGCAUUUGUCCCAGGAGGAGACUCGGCAACCGGGAUGCACCCCGAAGCCCGCCGCCGCCGCCGCUGCCCCGGACCCGAGGCUGCCCCUGCUGCGGGGAGGGUGUGCCCGCGGUGUUAGGGCUUGGCAGGAACUACCGUCGGGGGCGGGCAGACCCUAAGAAGCAACGGGCACAUGUGCCGAGAAGCAGCGGCUACAGCCCGGAAUCACCGUUCAGGACUCGGUUCUCCUCCCUGACCCCGGCGCCUUUCCUCUUUUUGGAAAACCCAGAUCCCCUCCUGCAAGCCCCGCCCUCCUCCCCCCUCUCUUGCAGCUUUAGUUGCAGCGCCCGCCUUUGUGCCCGUGGCUGCAGCCCUUUGCAGGCAGCGACGCCCGGGGACAGGAGCCCGUUAUUCCUCGGGCUCAAAAGCGUUGCUCUUUUCUCUGCCUCCUCUGGAAGCUUUUUGUCCUCCCCAGCGCGCCGUGCCGCGCGGCAGGAGGGGGUGUGUGUGAGUGUGUGUGUCUGGAGCGUGGCACGAGGGGGAGGGGCGGCGGUUGAGAUGGGCGAGACCAUGUCCAAGAGGCUGAAACUCCAUUUGGGAGGGGAAGCAGAGAUGGAGGAGCGGGCCUUCCCCAACCCCUUCCAGGACUACGAAUCCGCCUCCGCUGUGGCGAUUGCCGCCGGAAUCGCUGCCGAAGAAUCCUCCCCACCCGCCGGGAACAAUCUGGGCCUCCCAUUUAACGGCGAUGGGAAGAUCAUUUCCAGUUUUUCAAAGAGGAUUCAAGCUAAAAUCAAGGACCUGCUGCAGCAGAUGGAGGAAGGCCUGAAGACAGCUGAUCCUCAUGAUUGUUCUGCAUACACUGGCUGGACAGGCAUAGCCCUUCUGUACCUGCAGUUGUACCGCGUCACUUCAGACCAGGCCUACCUGCUGCGAUCCCUGGAUUAUGUGAAGAGAACACUUCGUAAUCUCAAUGGCCGCAGGGUCACUUUUCUCUGUGGGGACGCGGGACCCCUCGCUGUGGGCGCUGUGGUGUACCACAAGCUAAAGAGUAACAGCGAGUCCAGAGAGUGCAUCUCAAAACUUUUGCAGCUACAGAAAACAGUUGUAAGUCCAGAUGCAGAUCUUCCAGAUGAACUCCUGUAUGGACGGGCAGGUUACCUGUAUGCUUUACUGUACUUGAAUACAGAGAUUGGUCCAAAUACAGUGUCUGAAUCAGCUAUCAAAGAGGUAGUAUAUGCUAUAAUUGAAUCAGGUAGAAAUCUUUCCAAGGAAGAACGUAAAACUGAACGCUGCCCACUGUUAUUCCAGUGGCAUAGAAAGCAGUAUGUUGGAGCAGCUCAUGGUGUGACUGGAAUCUACUACAUGUUAAUGCAGCCAGUAUCAAAUGUGGACCAGGAAACCUUGACGGAGUUGGUGAAACCAAGUGUUGAUUAUGUGCGACAUAAAAAAUUCCGGUCUGGAAAUUACCCGUCGUCAUUAAGCAAUGAAACGGAUAGAUUAGUCCAUUGGUGCCAUGGCGCCCCUGGGGUUAUACAUAUGCUUCUCCAAGCCUAUAAGAUCUUUAAGGAGGAAAAAUAUUUGAAGGAUGCUAUGGAAUGUAGUGAUGUAAUCUGGCAGAGAGGCUUACUACGGAAAGGCUAUGGAAUCUGCCAUGGGACGGCAGGAAAUGGUUACUCUUUCUUAUCCCUCUACCACCUAACUCAGGAUAAAAAGUACCUCUACAGAGCUUGUAAGUUUGCAGAAUGGUGUUUAGAUUAUGGAGCACAUGGGUGUCGUAUUCCAGACAGACCCUACUCACUCUUUGAAGGUAUGGGUGGCGCUAUUCACUUUCUGUCAGAUAUCCUGGUUCCAGAGACAUCUCGUUUUCCAGCAUUUGAACUUGGCCCUCCACAAAGGGAAAAAAGGGCAGAAAAAGACACCUAAAACAUCCCUUUGUACCAAAAGCAACACAACUGUUUAGUGCCUGAGACAGAACCAACUUUGGAUCUUAAAGAAGUCAGCAUCUAUCUUCCCCCCUUUGUCCAAAGGACCGUGAAAAGCAUGAAUGAAGGAAACCACCACAUUGGUGUUUUGUUGCAGCAUUACCUUCAGUUGUGUAAAAUAUGAAUUCCUUAAAUUCAUUUGCCAUUCUUCCCUUCAGGCUCUUUCUGGCGUUUGCAUGUUUUUUGGUGUUGUCUGUAGGUGUGAGUUUGUUGUUCUGUUCGGAGAUCGAGCUGUUCGGUUUGUAUGAAUCCCAAUCCUGCCCUCGCAUGAAUGUUACUAGCAGCCACACAUAUAACAUCUCUAGUGAAUAAAGUGGUACUUUAUUCCAAAUAAGAGAAGAGAAAACGCAGUACGAUGACCAUCCGCUUCUACUCUUUGACUGUAUUAAUGUGAUGACUGUAUUUCCUUCCUCCUCCCCCCUUCCCCACUUUUCAUUUGAGCAGUAUUUUCUCAUGACUAUCAUGAGAGAAGGACACUCCCAGAACUUAAAAUGAGCACCAAUAGGUACAGAGUGGGCCGUGGUGGAGAGUUCUUUGGAAACUCCUCAUAAAAUGAUCGAGAAUUUCCCAUCUGUGUGCAUCUGUAUCUCUGUAAUUUUAGGAAUUACUUGGGCUAAGUUGUGGCUAUUUCCUCCCUCCCCACAGUGAUAUACACUAGUUUUUAGUAGAGAAUUCAUACACCUUUUGAUGCAAUUCUCAAAUGGCUCUUACUCUUUGUUUGUAGUAUAGCAAAGACUCUGGUUCCCAAGGCCCUCUUGUGUUAAAUUGAAUUUGUGAUGUGUAAGACAGUCUUACAAGGAGUCUGGACCAGAACAUCUGCAUAGUUAGUACCAAUAUCUCAUUGUCAGUAAUUGUAUUGAAAAUAGGCAUUAUUAAAAGUCUACACUUGAGCCUCAAGAAUUAAUAAUUUCAUAAUCUGUUAGAGAGAGGAGAGCAAUAAAUGGAAUUUCACUUGAGUAUUCAAAGGAAAACCUUAAUUAAAACAUCAUGGUGACCCUGUAAUUAAAAUGUUUCAGAAACAAUAAUCCAUUUGUAGGCUUACAGUGAAAAUUAUUUGAUGAAGUUUUGAGUGCUCUCAUCUCAUGAGCUAUAUUUAAUAUAGGAGUAUGGAGGUUUAUUCACAUGAAGACCUAAUUCUCUAUAAUUUUUCUACAAUACAGACGUAGAAUAUUUUAACAAUAUCAUAGCUUAUAUGUUACCAGUUGAAAAUUGAGGCACUUUUUUUUUUUUAAUUUACAACUAACUUGGCUAACAUUUUAAAAAUUCCAUUUGAUAAUUUCCUUUUCCAGUUUAUUGGAUACUCACCCUAGUUCCUGACAGGUAAUAUAAAGAAAUCAUGUAACCUUGAUGACAUUUGCCAAGGGAGAAUGUUUUGAAUUUUUGAAGAAUAAUUUAAUUUUUUAAUGAUUAUCCCCAGCAUUACAGGAACAAUGUAUACCAGUGUUUUCUUCUCAGUUUUGAGUUUUGUUUUUGUAAAUGGAAAAUAAUGUACAUUUCAGUUUAAAUUUAAUUUCCUACCUUGCAUUAUUACUGAAGGAUUCCUAACCUCUGUUAACAGGAAUCAUAAGCCACAUUUAUAAUUGCUGAAUACAUAGAUCUGAAUUCACAAAUCAAUUUAUAAAAUUUGCGAAUAUUCUCACAAAUGAAAAAUAUCCUAUAACUUUCAAAUUAUCAUCCUUUUUGCCACUGCAGUAUUUGUUCUAAGUGAUUGACUCUUUUUUUAAAAGUGAUAUACCAAAGUACAUUUUCAUAAGGAUUCAAAUUAAUAAUUUUUUGUCAUUGAAUGUUAUAAAGAAAUUAUUUUGCAAAACACAUUAUGUGGAAUCUCCACCAGUUCAUUACAGACUACCAGUGGCCAGGUAGUUGGUGAUGGUUUCCUAGCUUCAUACGUCCUUUUCUGUGCCCAGCUUGUACUCCCAAUACUCCCAAAAGUGAGAAAGGGGCAAAUGAAAUCACUUUAGAUGCACCCAAAAUGAGAUCUUUGCCAAGAUGAAGAGAGAUGCUCUCCUAUAGAUUUUGGUUAUGCUUAUGACAGAUAUCUCCAGACCAGCACCAGUUGCCUUGCAUUUAGGCUUACUCAUUUUCAUUUGUUUGAAAAAUAGUUCUUAGGGCUAACCUGGUAAGGUGGAAUAAUUAUGUUUAUCUCAGGUUAACAAUGAAAAUAAAUACUUGUUGAAUGACAGACUGUCCCCAAAUAGCUGAUAUGGAAAACAAGUUUUCAACCUAAUGAAAAUUCAUAUACUUCCAGGAUUUUGUUUGGGAAGGGGAAAAAAAGCUGCCAAUAUUCACGCUCCUACUUACUAGAGUGAUUAGUGAGUUAUUUUUUACUCGCUCCCAAUUCUUUGUCUCUCUAGCAUGGAUGUUUGUCAGAAUUUGUCACACAUUAUUUGGAGGAACAGGACCAUUUGCUUCAAACGAUGGAUCAUUUAAAGAGUUAAAUUUAGUAGUUAACAAUGGGAGUUUGCAUUGACUCCUAAAAUUUCAGCAUCUCCAUUUCAUUUAUAAGAAUAUGACUUUUGGGGGGUUCACAGCUGUGUAAUACCAAUGCUCUAAAUGCUUUAAAUGCACUACACUAUUUCAAAAUUAGGGGAAAAUAUCUACUGAAGUCCUGGGGAUUAGUUGGUUUUGUUAGUAAAAAUAUUUUUGCGUGUUAUAUAA